AUGACAGCCGGCAACUGUAACAUCUUCCUAAUCUUCACCGUUUAUCUGAGCUUCAUCUUCCUCCAAAGCCAUGGCUUCGGGGUGAUUCAGCCUCGGAAUCGGACCGUGAACCCAGACGGGUCCGUCUCCAUCGGCUGCGAACACGACGCCGACGUCGACUCAGUCGAAGAUGUUCGGCUCAACGUUAUAUCGCCUCUCAGAACAGACCGACCGAGAAUGCUGUGCCAGAAGGGGAAGAAAGACUGUGAGAACAUGACCAUGCACCAGGAGAGUGCCCACAAAUGGCUGUUCAUCCUGCUCAACGUCGGGCCAGAGGCCAUGAGCGUGAGGUACGAGUGCGAGUUCACGGUGAAUGAAGACGAUUUAGACAUCCAGAGGAAAGGAACGCCGACCGAACUACUGCCACCUCAAAAGGAAGCCGCCUGCCUCCUGCAGCCGUCACCUUCUCCUUGUCCCCAGGCUCCUCAAUCUCCUGAGCUCUUCUGGAUUCUGAUUGGUCUGCUGGCUCUGAUGUUCCUGUCCAGCUGCUUCGUCAUCUCCUUCUACAUCAGACUGAGGUGCAGCAAGGGAGAAGCAGAGAACUCCACCUAUGUAGAAAUGAGGAAAGCUCCUUGAUUCAGGAAUCCACCUUUGUGACUCAUCUUUCUUCACCUCUGGCCUCAUGAUCAACAUAAGGAGAGGCAAAAAACUCCUUUUUUAAAUGCGGCUGGCAUCGUAGUCCCAAGCUCUGGCAUAUAUAUAUAUAUAUAUAUAUAUAUAUAUAUACUACCAUUCAAAAGUUUGGGAUCACUUUGAAAAAGAAGAACAUUUCUAUGUGUUUUUUUCUUUUCGAAGUAAAGCACUGUUUUUUUCAAGAUAACAUUAAGUUCAUCAUAAAUCCACUCUUUUCAAAGUUAAUGUGGUAAAUGACUAUUCUAUGGUGUUUAAUGAAGUCUCUACAGAGGUGUGUAGAGGCCCAUCUCCAAUGUUCUAAUGGUACAUUGUGUUAUCGCCUUAGAAGACUAGCGGAGGGGUAGAAAACCCUUGAAAACCCUUUUUAUGUGAGCGCAGCUGAAAACAGUUAUGCUGGUGAGAGAAGCUAUAAAAAUGUAUAUAUACUUUUAUUAAAAUCUUCAAGUUGUGGAGAAUGUGGAGACCUGCAACAGUCAAGCCUCUUACACAUAAAAGUGGUCCUGACCUUGAAUACCCUUGAAUAAAACAGCAAGGGAAGGUUAUUUUAUUCUCCAUUACCAUGUGUUAUCUAUUUUCUGUUUUAUCACUAAUGUCUUAAAAGUUAUUUUUAUAUCACCGUGUAUUAUUUUUCAAAUUUUAACAUUUUAUUAAUAAAAUGAAACUUGAAAACCUGA